AUUUCUGCAAUUCUUCAUUGCUGUUUGUGUUGAAAGAGUUGCUAAAGAAGCCUUUUCGCCUCCUUCCACGACGUCGGAUUGGAAGUCACGACGGGAGCUCGUUGGCUGCAAAGGUAACCAUCUUUGUCACGACAACCGCGAGAACUAUUCGCAAGCCCGUAAAUAUCGUAAUCCCUAAAUCCCGUAAAUCCGCGGACUACGGAAUUCAGUCAAUCCGGGAUUUACGCCGGUUGUGGAUUUACAUUGUCCAUUUUUUUCCAUUUGGCACGAUUUAUCGUAAAUCCGGCAUAAAUCCUACUUAAAACCGGCUGCCAAAUAGUCCCUUGCUUUCCCGCAUUACUCCGGCGAACAAUGGCAGGAAGGGGCUUUGCUUCGCUAAACCCUAAUAAAUCCUUCUUCUUCUCCCGUCAUUCUAUCUUCAUCGCCACUGUCUGUUUCCUCGUCCUGGCAUCCAUCUUCUUCUUCUUAUCCUCCUCCGGCUGCCGUGCUUAUGAUUCUCCCACUCAUACACGCUUGGCGUCUACAAUCCCUCCUUCUGAGAACCCUAACCACAAUCCAAACUCCCCACAACCGGAAUACUCCUUUGUUGCAUCACUUGAGAAGUUGCUCACAUCUGAAUCCUCCUGGGCGUCUCCGCCACCUGAUACGUUCUCCGGCAACAGUGGUGAGGCUUCGGAGAGGGUGCUCGACGAUGCGAUUUGGAGGAGGAAGACAGAUGCGUGGGCGGGGUUGUCGGUCGUUAAGGUUUAUGUGUACGAGAUGCCGGCCAAGUUUACAUACGAUCUGUUGCGGCUCUUCCGAAACACGUACAAGGCUACAACUAAUCUAACUUCGAAUGGGAGUCCUGUUCAUCGCCUAAUCGAGCAACAUUCCGUUGACUAUUGGUUAUGGGCAGAUUUGAUUGCUCCACAAUCAGAGAGGCUUUUGGAAAACGUCAUCAGGGUUCAUCAUCAACAAGAGGCAGACUUGUUUUAUAUACCAUUUUUCACAACAAUCAGCUAUUUUUUGCUGGAGAAACAGCAGUGCAAAGCACUCUAUAGGGAAGCUUUGAAGUGGGUAACUGAUCAGCCAGCAUGGCAACGAUCUGAAGGGAGGAACCAUAUUCUUCCAGUUCACCACCCAUGGUCUUUCAAGUCUGUACGGAGAUAUAUGAAAAAGGCAAUUUGGCUUCUCCCUGAUAUGGACUCCACUGGGAACUGGUAUAAGCCUGGACAAGUUUGUCUUGAGAAGGACCUCAUCUUGCCAUAUGUUCCUAAUGUAGAUUUAUGUGAUACCCAAUGUUUGCGUGAUACUCACUCUCACCGAAGUACUUUGCUCUUCUUUCGGGGAAGGCUUAAAAGAAAUGCUGGGGGCAAAAUUAGAAGCAAACUAGUAGAAAUUCUACUUGAUACUGAGGGUGUUAUAAUAGAAGAGGGAACCUUUGGAAUAGCUGGGAAGGAAGCAGCUCAGAAUGGCAUGCGCAAAUCGCUAUUUUGUUUGAGCCCAGCUGGUGACACCCCAUCUUCUGCUAGGCUGUUUGAUGCUAUUGUGAGUGGAUGCAUACCUGUUAUAGUUAGUGAUGAAUUGGAGCUUCCAUUUGAAGGACUAAUAAAAUAUCGGAAGAUAGCGUUGUUUGUUUCUUCAAGCGAUGCUGUUCAACCUGGGUGGCUUGUACAGUUCCUCAAAAGCAUUGAUUCGAAGCGAAUCAAAGAAAUGCAGGAAAACCUUGAAAAGCAUUCGAGGCAUUUCCUCUAUUCAAAUCCAGCUCAACCUCUUGAAGCAGUGGACUUCACCUGGAGAAAGAUCGCUGACAAAUUGCCGAAUAUCAAGCUGCAUAUAGAACGGUUACAGCGAAUGGUAAAUGGAUCAAGGAAUCUAUGCAUUUGCGAAUGCGAGCAGGCCAGAUAAUGUUACAUUUGUUCCUUAACUGUUUGUUAUUGCUUCUUCUUCUUCUUUUUUCUGAGGGGAAAAUAUCACGUUCUUGAUUGUGUAAAAGCUGUUUGCAGCUAGAAGAAAACAACGGCGAAAAGCGGUUUCCAUGUAAAUACGCCAACAUAGCAUAGUUGAUACUGGUGGACAGGCUUUUUUUGGCCGUACGGAAAAUUUUUGAUAAAAAAUAGCUUUAGCUUAGCUAUAGGUACCUUUUAGUUCCAGUUUUGCAUUUAAUUUGUAUAGUUUGCACAUCCAUGUUUCAAGUGUUUGUCUGAAGCCCAAAGGACCAUAGGACUGCAAAUGCAGCACUUGAUUUCUCUGAAACUAUUAUUAUAUAUUGAAAUUUCAUUCAAUAUAAAA